UCGCGCGCCGCUGCGUUGCCCUCGAUGAUUGACACCCACGUGCCACGUCACCAGCAGCGCACGGUGCCCAAUGCGGCGUACUCGCGGGGCAGGAUGGCGUGUAGGUGUGUGAUGUUGGUCGCGCGCUGCCCCCACUUGUAGGCUGUUCUGAGGGGCAUCCUCUCCCACAGACGGCGCACGCCGCCCUUCUUCGACGCAUCGAUGGUGAGGUGUGUGUAGUUGGCGGCCGCCUCGGUGAAGAUGGUCUUGCCGAGGAUGCGGCGACGACGCGUCAGCUCCCAGGGGUGAGUGAAGGCGAACACACUGGCGAGCUCGUCGGCAGAGAGACGGAGUCGGGCCUGCGGAUUAGACACAGACAGACACAUCGACACAGACAGAUACGAUUCGGUGUGCAGAGGUGGCGGGUCGUUGGCUUUGUGUUCUCACCGGCGGCUGGUUGGGUGGCUGUUGUCCUGAUCUAGAGGUGAUUCGAUACCGCGGCUGCGGUGGGGCAGCGGCACUCAAAUCGGAAUCAGCUACGGCCGCCUGAGUGAAACCGAAAGACAACACCGAAGACAAAGAACGGUCUUCACCGCUCUCUCUUCAACUCAUUGUCAAUGUGCUUGUGCACCUGAGCGAUGGGUUCUUCUGGCGAUGCGUCGUCAACAUCCAUCUCACCACCACCAUCACCACCACCACCAUUCGCAGCAGCAGCAGCAGCAGCGGAUGAGCCGGCGUCGUUCGUGUGUUGUGGGCCGUGUGAAGCGGCCGGUGCUGUGGUGGUGAGGGCUCCGACCAUCUCACGCAAGGCAGACUCUGCAGCGGAGGCGUGGACGGACGCUGCUGUGAGGGACGGCAGGGCAUCACCAGAAGCACUGCCGUCGCAGUGACUCGCACCACAACUUAGCUGCAGCAAUGUUAAGGACGGGCAGAAGACGUUCUUCUGUCCUUUAGUGCCGAGCACGUCUCACAUGCACUCACUCACCAUGACUUUGUCCUGCAGCAGCCGAAUCCUUUCGCGCAAUGCAUCCGCCUCGGCACGCAGCUGAGACCAGAAUCACAGAACCGCACGCAAGAACACUGCAAACAGGAAAGCCGUGUGUGACGUGAGCAAACGCGCAGAGCAUCACGUGUGUGCGGUUGGGCUUGUUGGCUGUCUGUGUGUACCUCGCUGAUGGUAGCAGCAGCUAUGACCGCACCGGCCGCCUCACCCGACGCCGCCAUGCCGUCCUCCGAUGCAUUACGGUGAUCCUCCAAUGCCGACACACAAGUUGAGCUACUGGAUCAGUCAGCCGCCCCUCGCUGAUGCCCUUUCGAACGGUGCAGGGUGGAAGGUGGAAUGAAGCAAUGAGUCAGAGCAGCA